UCCUACUUUUCACUCUGACAGAGAAGAUAAUCCUCACACUACAGUGUGUUAGCGUACACGUGGCGAUGGCAGACAUGGUAAACUCCAGCUGUGGAACUGAACAAAAUUUGGUUAAUAAGCAUCAAGCUGAAUUUGAAGAGGUACGAUCAGGCAGAGAGGUAUCAAUUGAUGUAGCUGAGCAAGAAGCUGUUUCCAUUCCUGCCAUGUUCCUCUCAGAUGUGGACCAAGACAAUGCUCUUUGUGACAGAUUACAGUGUAAAGAAUUAUCCUGGGAGGCUGCCGAUCAUCAAGAAAUUCACCCAACCCUGACAGAGGUUCUACCUGAAGUAAAAAAAGGCACGAAGGAACCUGAAGAGCAUACUGCUGAUAUUAAAACUGAGUCCCAGGACCAUCCUGAUUUGGAAGAUACCAUCAGUAAACUUCUUGCUGACCUGAACGAGGUGGAGGACAUACCCAGGACGACCUCUAGUCCUGAGCCACAGACAUCUCUCAAAGACCGAAUCUCUCCAAAACCUUUUCAUGACUGUUCCUUUGAUGUAAAUGAAGACAGGAUGCUUCUACAAGAAAUAGAAGAAACCAUUGUGGGCCCAGAGACCACAGAUGAUCAUCCUGAAAUGUUAUCAGGUACAGCAUUGGCACAUUUAGAAGAACUGUGUUUCAAUAGUGAGAUGCAGUUACUGGCUAAUGAAGAAACUGAAACUUUGGAGCCUCCAGCCAAGAAAAGGUUAAAAAAAAGAAUGGGCAUGUGUGGCCUGGGAGACAGGAAGAGGAAGUUCCAGUUUGAUGGAUCUUACUUUAGGCAAAGUGUGAUAGGAAGACAGAGGAAAGAGAGAGAUGGUAAAGGAAAUACAGUGGCAUAUAACACUAUGUUGGAGGAUGAUGGUACCACACAUAUGAACCAGGAGGGAACUAUUGGGCCAUCAGGAAAAGAAAAUGAAGAGGUUUUAAAAGACAAGGAAAGUGAGGGCGCUGAAGAGAUGGAGGAUAAAAGAGCAAGAGAAAAAACAGAAAAUCUAUAUACCAAAAAAAACAACACGGAUAAGUGGACUGCAUUGAUGAACGACCAAUAUACCAUAUAUGAAUCCUCCAAAGAAAAUAAAGUAGACAUCUUAGAGGAAAACGAUAGAUCCAUAAUGAUGGAGGACAAAGGAAUAGUUGAACGACUCGUUUUAGACCUCAAAUUGUUGGAAGAAAUAUCAACAUGUGUGGGACAAACUCUGAUAAGUCCCACCACUGGGACAAACUUGAACUUGUUCCAGGAUGAAAGAUCUGUAGCCACUGCUAGCAAUGCGCAUGAAAUGGACACUUUGACCUGUGAUGAAGAGCCAAGCUUCCUUGGAAAUGAGAUUCCCAGCAAUGAACAAGAUCUCACAUUUAACAUGAAACAUUUUGUUAUGUCUGAGAAACAAAACCCCAAUGCUGAGCAUAAACUGCGUAAGGACACUGCGGACACUCUGCCGGACGUCGAAGCUGCUCAGGAAAUAAGCCGUAGCUCUACACUGGAAAUGUCUGAAGGCUCCACCGUAGCCACCAAAGCGGCCCAAGAGAUUCCAUCUGGUUUGGAAGGAAGUGCUACAAUGAUUGAGAAGCAGUGUCCACCCGAUAUGGCUGCUGCUGAGACGAAUGAACCUAGCAGGUCUACCGCAAACCGUUCAGACCCCUUAUUCCUCAACAUCAUGGAUAUCUUGACAAUGGCUUCUAGUGGAAUACAUGGUGAAAUUGACAAGCCUGUAACCGCUGUAUCGGAGAGUAAACAGCCUGAUGGUGGCCAUGUCUCGGAUGCUAAGGAGAUUCAUCGCCCAUUAGCACCACCUACUGGUCAGGAGAACCACAUGGAUUCUCUUUUAGACCAGAAUGCUUGCGACACUUCUGCGACCUUAUCAGUUGCCGCGCAGCAGCUCUGUAACCUCAUUUCGACCCCAGGUGCUAAUGAGCUGCCCCAGGAGACUGACUUAUCUGUUUCAUCGUCAUUUUACUCUAUGACAGACUCCCAACUCCAAACAAUUGCGUUAAGCAUGGAUCUGGACGACCAGUUUCCCCCGGAAGCCCGCACUCAAGGGGAGGACGGCACAAAGCUUGUGCAUGGCCUCGUCAGGGAACUCUCCUCUCUAAAUCGUAUCGUGAUGGCAGCACACCGGGAGAUGGAAAUCUAUCGGCGUGGGAAAAACUCCAAGACGACUAAUCGCCGAUCUUGUGCUUCUCGUCAGACUGAGAAGUAGCGACAUGCGCUGACAACGAUAUAAUUAUGUUGUUCUACUAUAACUGUUAAAUUUGUCAGUAAGUUAAGUUAAUGCUUAUUCAUAGGAAUGUUUAUUAGAAAAGAAAAGAAAAAAAUAAAGGAGUAGAUUUGU